AUCCUAACUCCAAAACAUUAAUCAACAGAUUAUCCGCGACUGGUUCUAUGCCCUAGGUUUUCAUCAUGCCAGAUUUCAAGACGUGGCCGCUAAGAAACAACACAUUAUGGGUGAAGACUUUGGUUAUAGUGACAAUGACAGGUUUGGUGGCUGCAGAAACAGCCAAACGGCAAACUCUGUCAUUGCCACCACCGCAUAACAACAAGCACAGAGAAGGGCAAGAUAGAGAAUCACCGUUGAGGCAAAUGGAAGAAGACUACUACGGGGAAUGGGAUCCUGCACCGUACUUCGGUGGCAGCUAUCCAGCUCCGAUUCCUCAUUGGAAGAAGAAGAAGAAGGUCCAUUGCUGUGCCCAAACCACUGCCAAGUCAGACGAGGACUCUACAGCACACUGAACUUGAUGUUAUCAUACAGCAAAGUGUUUUCAAUUAAAGUGUUCUAUUUCCCCACAGACGUCAUUUUUUUACAAAUUGAACCAAGCUUAUACCUUCUUUAGUCUCUCAUAUAUGUAUUAUCACUCAGUUUGGAAUUCAACAUUUACUGGAUUCAUUAUGGUCCUUUGACUAAGAAAUGUGGACUGAAUUU